AUGCCUACACAAGCAGCCAGCAGUAACGCUCCCAGCUGGCGGCGAGGACGUCAGGUCGGCGCCGGCCCUCAGCCAGUUCCAGCUCAUGGGCUUCGAGAGCAUCAUGCAAAUCGCAAAGACAAAGACAAACCCAAUGACAACUGGAGGGCUCAUGCUCAUCCUCUUACUGGUUCUACAAGACUACAUCCCCGGUCCUCUUCACGCUCACAGCCCCCCUCCAAGCCCUCGCUGCUCUCCUCCAGUCUGAAGCGCGAGAAGCCGGGUAUGCUCGACGCUGACUGGGUCCCUGGUCAUCAUCCACACCCCGACCCAAAUGCUCCUCAUGCCAUCAAGCCUAGUGGCAUGGGCAACGGUAUCAUCGGUAGAGCGCCCGAGCUCGGCACCUCACCCACUAAGCCUAAAGGUUCUAACUUUCCAACGGCACGUCAUCACUGGCCACUCCCAUCUUCACUCGAGAAGAACCCCACAACAGGUCCGGCAACUCAUCUCCAUCCCUUGCGCAUUGAACCAGAGGGCUCCCACUUCUUUCCACAAACGUCGACACCGCUCAAGGUGCAAAAGGAUGGUCACACAUCCCAGCUUGGUCAGCCUGGCAAGCAAGAUUCCAAUCGCGACGACAACUGGAUGCUUACUCCCACCAGCUCCUUACCCAGCAUUCCUAAUACGCCCAAUCGCGUUCGCGAGUCGAGCACCGACAAAUCCCUUGGUCCUGGUCAAAUUGGUCAACAGAUCGAGGGUUCUCCCGGAAGCUCGUUACGAACAUCGCCAUCCAUUCGAGGCCCGCUGGAGCACUUCCACGCCUCUGUCAACAAUGCACCUCGUACUCCAAGCCCCGGCUUUUUCUUCACACGUCAAGAAGGGGGCUUCUCAGGCACCUCGCUCUUCAACCGCGGCCCGAACGUCAAUGUGCAGUCAUCGCCUAAGCGCUCGCCCCUUGUAUUUGCCAGCAUGCCGCAUCGACAGAACGUUGGCAGUGUCACUGGCACUCCUGUUCUUAUUAGUCCGACUACCUCGCCCAAGCUCAGCCAUCGCACUCUAUCGCCAGUAAGCCGCCAUCCACCGGUCAUCGCCGAAGCUCCGACAAACGGCGACCGAGUCGUCAACAGCAUUGCUUCCAUUCUUAACUGGACCAGCACACAGACUCGUCCGGGUCCAGCAUCUCGUCGUGAGUCGUUCAACUCUGUCGUUUCUGGAGGUGCCGGCCACACCAUGUCGCAUUCGCGAAGAAGUUCAUCUGUCUUCUCUCCCAACUCGCCCACCGUCUCAAGUCGUAUUGGUGUCUACCGUCCGCCUCAUUUGCGCAACAGCGGAAGCGUAUCGGGUCUCAAGUCUAGCGUUGCUCACUAUGAUCGAGUCAGGACGCCAAGCCUACGAGGCUUGUCUCGCUCCAGAGAAUCUUCCAUCUCUCUCAGCCGACCUACCAGCCGACCACCUUCCACUGUGCCCUUCUAUAACCCGGAUAGCAUUCCAGAAGAUGGACAGACAGAUGAUGCUUCACGAGCCCCAUCGCGGGGACGGCAGAGCAACAUGUCAAUCCAUCUCCCGGACUUGAUCGCAGAUCAGCAGCAACGUAAUGCCGCAGCUGCAGCAGCUGCAUCCACAUCCGAAGAUGGCGAAGUCCCCGCAUUUGCUCCCAACACCACUCAUCUUCUCGAACAGCCUCUCGAUAGCGCUUCGCUAUUGGCCAAGCUUAGGGCCCAGCUCGUCCGCAGAGAAGCAGCGGCGUCUGAUGUGGCUGCAUCAGAACUGGAUCGCAACUCCGUCACAACCGAGGACAAUGAGCAAGAGUUCUUUGACCUGGCCGACAUGAUGGAGUACGGCGCGUCAGAAGGCCAUCCGUUGAGUCGCUAUGGCAGUGCUUAUGCUCUCGAAAGUCACCCUCUGGGGGAUGUGUUCGAGAUUGGUGAUUUGCUCGGGCCUGGUCUUGAGCAUGAUGGCCAUGUCAUCAAGAUCGCUGAGACAACAUCCGGAUUCGUCGAUCAGAACGAGGACUUGACCGGAAGCAAGCUUGAAGUCAUUCGCAAGCUCGGCGAGGGGAGCUACGCGGUGGUCUAUCUGGUAAGAGAAGUCAGCGCCGAGGAGGCCGCUUCCCACACCUCUCAGAAGAGUGUCGCAAUCCCCAAUUCAACUUGUCGCUCCGGCGUCUCUGAAGCUCAUGGGCGAAACCCAUCCGACGACGCCGAUCUCACCAUCGUGGCUUCAUCCGAAGACCUUCUCAGCACCACCUUGAAAGCGGACGGUAAGGGCAAGGACGAAGGCUUCCACAAUUCGCCAGCUCUUGAGGAGAGAAGGCGAAAAGAUCUCAAGAUUGACACUCGUCUGUGUCCUGGCAAGGAAUUUGCUCUCAAGUGCUUGUGCAAACGCGACCUUGAAGAGGACAUGCUUGAGGUGCAGCGACUAGAAGCCACAAUCCAUCAGUCCAUUCCAGCACAUCCAAACAUCGUCACGCUCUACCGCACCUACGAGACACCGGACUGGCUCUUCUUGAUUCUGGAAUACUGUCCGGGUCAAGACUUGUACUACUGGCUGGAACAGGCCCAAGACGCGGGCCAGACGACUGCCACCGUCGAAGAGGUGUAUGGAAAGACCAUCGCGGAGGAUGAUCAUGCCGUAUCACCCCUGCGCCGUGUAGGCUCAGGUAAUGACAGUGACAACUACGGAGCUUUGGGCUCAUCGUUGGAUGCAACGCCCCCCUCUCCAUCUCUGCUCGCUUCAACAUCCGGUCACAAUCUGCUCUCCAAGCGUCGAAUCAGGCUCAUUGCUAGAAUGUUCCGACAGAUCUGUGAUGCCGUCCAAUUCUGCCAUGAUCGAGGCGUCAGUCACCGCGACAUCAAGCCAGAGAACUUCAUCGUUGAAGACCGCCGCACCGUCGAAGAGAUGCAGUCAGCCUGCCCAGAUACCAGCGCCAGCACUCUGGUCGAGAGUAGUCACGAGGACACCCAGGUUAUCGUCAAGAUGACUGACUUCGGCUUGGCCACAGCUGAAGACCGUUGCGACGACUUCGAGUGUGGAAGCAAACCUUACAUGGCGUUCGAGUGCCACAACAAUGUUUCUGAGACUUACGACCCCAAGCAAGCCGACAUCUGGUCGCUCGGUGUGGUACUCCUCAACCUUCUCUUCCAUCGAAGCCCCUUCACAGAGCCGUCGACGGCUUGCCCUUCUUUCUCCGCUUACUGCCAAGACCCCAUCCGUUUCCUGAUGGAAUCUUUUGACGGCCUCACGGAGACAGUGGCUCGUUUCCUUUCCGAGAACGUCUUCUGCUCGGUCUCGGAUGACGAUGACACGUCGCAGAAGCGAAUCUCGGCGGGAGAAUUCUCUCGUUGGGCAUGCGGUCUCGUGGACCACAUGGGUCUCUCCGGCCCCGGUCCUGGACGAAUGUCUCAGGGUGCCUCGAUCUACGCAACUGUGCCGCUGAUCCACUCGCGUACGGGCUCCAUGUCUAGGCUUCCUUCGUUGCUUAGCUCGCCUCGACCGGGGGCCCGUUCAGUGGCUCGUGACACUGAUCAUCUUCCGGGCCUCGACAUGACGGCCGAUGCAACAUUCCGUGCUGCCCUUGCCUCUGCAAGGCAAGGCAGCUUGUCACCCCAUCCUGCUCUGUUCACUCCUGACGUACUCCCUUCCCCCACAUUCACUCCUGCGCCUCAGCCAUUUGAGCGCAAUCCGUUUGACACACAGUACGACAGUACAGCAGACGCCGGCCGAGCCACAGAGACCAUUGUGGAGCAGGAAGAGCGCAACAGCCCGGAGACAUGGUCCCACCAGCACGACUUUGCAACACUCUUGAGCGGCUUGCCGCAAUCUGCUUCUGGCAAUUUCAUCGAUGACAGAGCGGAUGAAGCCUCGGGACUUGGCCAGGGCGCAUCUGAAGGACCCGGAGCCUUGCUAGCGGACGUUGAGGAUCCGUCCCAAGAUGUGCCGCCUGAUAUCCACCCGAAGCUGAACGAUUCGACCAAGGAAGCCUUGCCCGAAGACACCGGCGAGGAGGAGGAAACUGAAAUUAGGAAAGGCGCGAAGUCCAACGGAGAAGCCAAAGAGCACGACGGUGAUGGCGAUGGAGGAGACGACGACAAGCCGGAAAAUAUUGCGACUUCGAACAACUCCAAGAGACGAAAACGAGGAGCUCGAAAGGGACGAACGCUUGCCAAACACCUGAAACGGUCUCAAUCAGUCGAGGGCAUGGCAGACAUUGACGCCAACGAUCCCGAAGCAAGGGCUCGAGAGCGUGAGCGUACCAUCCGGGAAUUGGCUCUGGUAUCGGAGAACCUGGCUCGACAGAUGAGCAAGAUGGCUAAGGCCAGCGAUGCUGCAGACAGUCUCGCAUCUCCGCAGAUCGUUCUUUCUAAACCAACAGCUGAAGCCGCAGCGAGAUACAGUCUACAGACUAUGGCUGAUGGCAACUCUGAAGCUCACAAGGCAACUGACGACGCGAGUGCGCUCCCAGCGACGUCCGCUGCCAACUGGAAUUCUGCAGCGCUGCGUCGCGAGAGGAUGACUGAGCUUCGCAAGGCCGGAGCUGGGGUGCUGCAAGAUUCUGGCAAAAGUCGUGUCAUGUCGUGGCGAGAGCAAAACCAGUCAGCUGCUACUCUGUCGUCGCUCUCGUCUUCGGUCACGACAGCUUCGAGCCACAGUUCGACUUCUUCUGCGACAUCGAGCAUCUACUCGACUGCAUCAGCUCCUGCUGCUCUGCCACGCAAGGACGUUUCUGCGCGAAACCGAACACGAGGAUCUGGAUUUGGUCUGGACACAAUUUCGGAGCGCGAGAGGACUGGGGUUCCUUCGAAGAAGGAAGUGGAUGCACAGUACUUGGCUGGUAUCUUUGGUGGUGGAGCAGAAAAGCGAAAAGAGUCGACGGCUGCUCGAUCCAACGAGUCUUCUGCUCCGAACUCAGAUGUGCCCAACGAUAGAGGCAACAAGCUGUUCAGCCUCCUUUCCGACUCAAAUGGCAAGGUCAACGGCACAGCCUCGCUUAGUGUCGCCAAGACGUCCGAGGCAUCGCAGGCUGCAACGGCCAACGGAGCUGGUCAGCGUAGUGUCAGCGCCAGCAGCAGCACCUCGACAUCGAGCAAUACCGGAGUAGCAGCGUCGUUCGUUUCGCGCUUCCGCCGUCCUGGCUCUUCGUCAUCGUCGACAAACAAGAACAUAGCCGGUGCUGAUGCGGAGGGAGACAAACAAAGUGCUUCGGCCUCAGGUGAGCACCUCGGUGCCAGCCUCGGCAUGAGAGGCGAUGCUUCAACGAGUACCAACAGCCUGCAAGGAACCAAAGACGAUCUUGAGACGCCAGCUCCAGCUGUUGUCUCAACAAAGAGCAACGGCAGCAGUGGAGGCAGCAGCAACAAGAAUACUACCGAGGCUGGCACCGAAGCGCCCAAGAAGCGCGGCAUGGGCAAGUUCUUCUCUGGCGUUCGUGAGAGUAUCAAGAACUUCUAA